AAAGCUAAAGGAGAAAGAAGGAAGAAGCAUAACUCGUUGAAAAGUCCAAGUUCCCCCAGCGAGACGUCUUCAAAACUCCAUCUCUCCACUCUCUCUUUUACUUUGGGCACUCACUCCCCUUCUUUGCGCUGGCACAACUAGGCGUGGCGACAGCGUUAAUUGUCAACCCAUUCAUCGGUUUCUCAUUGGAUUUUAUGCUGUGGAGGGAUCUGGCAACCAGUAAAUGACGUCGUUUAACGUCCUUUAGAACUUAAUACAUAAAUAAAACAACGGUACUUUGUUCCCUUCUCGCCAUACCACCGCAAAGUUUCUUCACCUGGUUGUAUGACUUCGGCUGGCUCUUGGAAAUCGAGUGAAGAACGACGUCGUUCAACCUUGGUUUACGUUUUUACAGGACAACGUUAAUCAACGGUACCCUGCAUUCUUUGUUUUUUCGCUUGAUAGUAUCAUCUACUUCAAUCCUUGAAAAUCCAUCUGUUAACUCGCAGUUUACUAAAGGUGCUUGCCUCUCUCUCUCUCUCUCUCUCUCUCUCUCUCUCUCUCUCGUAUCUAUCUCUUUUCUUCCUCUGAUGCUUCAGAAAUUUUCACCCCUUCUCUCCAAACAGAGGAAUUUCAUCGUUUCACAACAUCAACCAGAGCCUGCCCAUGUAUAUUUUCCCCUGUAUAUUUGUCUUUAGCUCCGAUUUCAUUUGAUUUCCUUCCCACAAAAGUCCAGUUUUCUUACGUUUUAACCCGACUCUAAUCCUCUUCAAAGGGAUCAAACAUUUUCUUUUCACAGCAGAACGAUAUUCCUGUUAAAACAUUUCCUCGUCUUCAAUAUCCUACCGUAGCCAUUAUUGUUGUCUGUUCUUUCGACUUUUUUCUCGAAAAUGGCGGAAGGCAAAGUUCGCCUUGUUCGUUGCCCCAAGUGCGAAAGGGUUCUUCCGGAACUUCCAGAUUACUCCGUGUAUCAGUGUGGUGGUUGCGGGGCUGUUCUUAGAGCGAAAGUUAGAAAUUCUGAGGUGGAUACUCUGUCGAAUAAGUCUCAUGAAGAAAUUGCCGGGCAAUUUAUUGAGAAAUUUCAAAACUUUCCAGACAAAGAAAUAGUCAAUCCGAAUGAUGCUGCUGAUGAAAAUGUUAAAUUAACUGAUGAUUCUUUCAGAAGUGAGCAAAAGGUUUCUGAGAAUGAUGAUGUUCAAUAUGCUGAGGAAUGCAGAAACGCUUAUAAGUUUACAGUUGAUAAGUGGGUUGUUGAGAAUGAUUUUGAUAUGAAUAUGAGAAGAGGUGAACUUGGUAAUUUAAAAAUGGGGUCAGAAUCUGGUGACUUAAAGUCCCAAGCAGAAAGUGUGAUCAGGUCUCGAAGGCUGGGAGACACGGCUGAUGGGAAAAUUGGGGAAAGAGGUGGGAUGGAAAGUUUUCAGAGAACCCUGAGAACUGAUGUUGAAGGAGUGAGAUUUUCUACUUCAAAUUACCUGGAUGAGGGACCAUCAAAUUCUUAUUACAGUUAUGGAGAGCCAUUAAAGAACCUGGACAACCCCGGUGGCUCUAGUAGAGAUGGGUACCUCCAACAAGAUAGAGCUGAAAUUCUAAGAAAGCUGGAUGAGCUGAAGGAUCAGCUUAGUAGGUCUUGUGAUGUAGCAGACAAACCGAAGGAUAAGGUUCCACAAAAUGGGAGGAUGGCUCAUCAUGAUUCUUGUGGUGGUAGUAGUAAUACUUGGUUUCCUGAUGGUUCUUUGGGGUUGGAUGGACCUUCAGUGCCGUUCUGUGUGCCUGAUAAACAUGUCACCGAGCCUCCUUAUUUCACUCAGUGUCCUGAGUCCUAUCCUUUCAUGAAUAGGCAUGGCAUGGCUAUGCAUGGCCUUUAUCCUUCAGUGCAUACUUCAAAUAACAUUCCAGUAUAUGGGGAUCCAUAUGGAUCUCAAAUGCUCAAAACAGCUCCACCACAAGCACCAUAUCACUACCACCGACCAUCUCAUAGGUACUUUUCUGGACAGUAUAUGGAUAAUGAUUUAGAUCCAUAUGCACCAUACUCACGUAAUGCAUUCUUACACCAGCCUUCUUGUUCGUGUUUCCAUUGCUAUGGCAAACAUCGGGAUGUACCAGGGCCAGUCCCACCGACCACUUUUGGCAAUAAAAGGUUCGCAGAUAUUCCGAGCGAUCCUAGGUUCUAUCGUCAUGAAAAACCCAGUGCAUUUGGUCCACGGUUCUAUAAUCCUAGUAGUGCUAAUCCUCCAUUAAAUUCUUGCAACCCACAUAUUAGAUGGCCAAGUGACAUCAACUCUGAAAUGGGUGGUUUUGUUCACUGCCAUCCUCACAGAGUGGUGGUACCCAAUGCUGGACGGCGUUGUCAUCCCGUGGCUGGUGGUGCUCCAUUUAUAACUUGUUGUAAUUGCUUUGAACUGCUGCAACUGCCCAAGAAAGUACUGCUUCUAGAGAAGAAUCAAGGGAAAUUGCAGUGUGGAGCAUGCUCGACAAUAAUUUCUUUUGCAAUUGUCAACAAGAAAUUUGUUGUUUCUCCCCAUGCAGAAACACAAAAAGCUUCUUCUGAGGUUAAUGAGCAUUCUAAUAAUGCUGUGUUUAAAGCUGCUUCACAUUCGCGUGGCCUUUUCAAACGUAGUGAAAAUUUCUACUCUGAUGAUUCUGGCUAUGAUUUCCAGUCAAUGGAUAGGGAACCCAUUUCAUCAUCAACCGGUCAAGGUUUUGGCUCGAGCAAGUCUCAAGAUAUGCAAAGCAUUCAUUCUUCAUCCAUCAGUACCUCUGAGGGUGAGGAUUAUGCUGAUGGUUUGAUUGCUCCAAGAGGCCCAACCAACACUGCUGAGCUGCCUGUGAAAGCCAAUUCAUCUCCACCACCUCCAGGUUCACCUCUUCAAGAACAUUUUGAUUAUUCUUCUAAUAAUUAUGCAGUCGGCCGUUUUGUUAAGGGAAACCUAAGCACGCGUUCAGAUCAAGAGAAGGUGACACUGAGCAAGACGACCUCGCGACAAAAUUCUGUGAAGGAUAUGUCCCUGGCAACUGAGAUGGAAGUCCCAUUCAAUGAAUACUUAAAUACUGGGACUUCUCAAGAUUCUGUGGAUGUAAGUGGAGAAGAGGAUAAGCAAAGGAUCAAUAGAGGAGGUGAGUCAUUCUUUGCAGGCAUAAUCAAGAAGAGCUUUAGGGAUUUAUCUAGAUCUAGUCAAACUGUUGAGGGCAGUAAAAGUAAUGUUACAAUAAAUGGGCAUCUUAUACGAGAUCGUGUGGUUAGGAAGGCUGAAAAGCUAGCUGGACCAAUUCAUCCUGGACAGUACUGGUAUGAUUUCCAAGCUGGAUUCUGGGGUGUGAUGGGUGGACCUUGCCUUGGCAUAAUUCCUCCAUUUAUUGAAGAAUUCAACUAUCCCAUGCCGGAAAAUUGUGCUGGUGGAAACACUGGAGUUUUUGUCAAUGGGAGAGAGCUUCACCAAAAAGAUUUGGAUUUGCUUUCUAGCAGAGGACUUCCCAGCGAUAGAGAUAGAUCUUACAUCAUUGAGAUUUCUGGGAAAGUCUUGGAUGAGGACUCUGGUGAAGAGCUGGAUAGCCUUGGCAAACUUGCUCCAACAGUUGAGAAGGUAAAGCAUGGAUUUGGCAUGAAGGCUCUAAGAGCACCUGCGUAAGCUUUGUUUUUCUAAGGUCACAUGGUUUUAGCCAUCGUCUGACGUGGAAGAUCUGGAAGUUGAGCAUGGUUUCUUCCCAAAUAUAUUUUCAGAGGAAAAUGGGAUAAAUUUUUCUUGCAUUCUCAGAAAGAAAAUAUGAUACAGCAUUGGGUACAUCCCCGCUUAGUGGGACUUAAAAAGGUUUGGUUGUAGUUGUGUUAUUAGGCACAUCCACAAUGUCUUGAAGCUGCAUUAUCUGGAAAUUGUGUUUGGUCAGUGUCUUGCACCUCUGCUUCGCCUGGCAAUCGUGUUUGAUGUAUCAAAAGUAAAUUGUAAUGCACGAUCAAGCAGAAUUAUAGCCAUGUUUACAUCUGUAUAUUUAUGUAAUCUGUUUCCAUUAA